UUUUAUGAAUAUUAAAAAUUCAUAAUUGGGUAUCAAUUCUCAUAAAUUUAUUUAAAUGCAUAACUAAAUUUAGGUUUGCUACAAAUGAUAAUGGUAAAAAGACAUUUUUUUUAAUGAUGUAAUCGAAACAUGCUAUUAUCAGUUACUGUUUCGCAUUCAUACAUUUGUGUUAUUUUUUUACUCCAUCUUGGGUGCUUCUUUCCUGUGCCACAGAUUUGGAAAUUACAAUCCCUUAAAAUAGAGGUAUAUACUGUAGGUGAACUUUGGUCUAUUUUAUUUUAAAUCAUUAUUGGACAGCUCGAGGAUUUAGUGGUUAAAAUGAAAGAUCCUAAACUAAGCUUGUCGUGUUUCACACGAUGGCAAGGAAAGAUAUGUACAAUUAAUUUAAGCUUUUCUUUAUUUAGCCUUAAAUCACUGAAGGGAAACAUUGUACGUGUAGAUAUGGAUUUGUAUUUUGUGAAUUCAUUGCUAAAUUUCAGUGUAGGCACUAAGACGUUUUCUAUUUGUGUUUGUAUCAUGCAUGUUUUUUUAGUUUGUGCCUGUUGGUGUCCUUCAUGUUGAUUGCCCUCCUGUCCUUGUUGGUGUAAAUGUCAGUCAGGUAAUUUUAUCCUGAAGAAAGUACUUUGCCACACCGUUGAUCUUUGUAAGAUGAAAUUACUGACUGCAUACAGAGUUAUGAGUGAGCAGCUUUCCCAUUUUGUCUUUGAUGUCUGCCUGUCAGCCCGCACCUCAGAAUAGAUGUGGGUUCAUCAUCUUCUUCUUCUUUGAGACUCUAUAGAGCUGCUGUUUGUACCUGACUUUGACCACAGAUCCCCCUCUACCUGCAACGGGUCCAACUAUCAGACAAGUGUUGCGUUUGGGUAACUGAAGGAGUCCUGCCCAGUUUAAAAACUGUUGUGUUACAGCACCCCCUUAAGAUUCAAUUUAGCUCUUUCGUCUUCCUCCGUAUGUCAUCAGUAAAAUGAGAAUCUAUCCAUCCAUUCAAUUUUUAUACCCACUUAACCUGCAAAUUUGGGAGUUUGGAGUCUGCCCCAGCACAGGAAAUGUAUUACUAGUAGUAUUAAUAAUCAUUUAUAAUCAGUUACUUCCAGCACUUGUGACAGCAAAUAAAAAACACAUUUCUAUGAUUAUAGAAUCCAUGUACAUGAAUUCCACGUUGUGUGAGUGAGGUAAAUAUAUGUAUUUAUGUGUAGAGAUUGUGACGUUGUAAUGUUUCAGUGAAACAGAGGUGUUAUUCUGGAGCGGAGUGACCAGAGCCAGCAAAGGAGGCCUUUUCCAUUUUAUUCACUUGUUUAUGAGCGUACCAGGCGGAGACAGAGCAGAACGCAGAGUGUGUGUGGGAUGGUGAGAAGCUGCCAACCUGCUGCUGCUGACACGCUGUGUUCCAGCUCUCGUUCAUGUUUCCAGAAACACUCACUCAACCAGUUAGAAAUCAGCUGUCAAGAGUGACAAGAAAUCUUAACUGUAAGUAGCAGCAGGGGAUGGAGGAAAGCAACACAGUGUGACAGAAUUUAAUGAAAUCUGAUAUAGAUAUGUGUGGUGAGCACAGACGAUGAAUCCUAAUGACUGUGACCCCUGAAUUCUCAUCUUGCGCCACUAUUAGGUUGACCUUUGUUGUUUUGAGUGAAAUAUAUAAUCUACUGGAUGGAUUGCCACUAAAUUUGGUUCAAAUCCCCCUCAGUAUGAAUUGUUAGAGAUCUUGUGAUCCCUUAUCUUUUCAUUUAGUGCCAUAAUCCAAUCAAAAUGUUAUUAAUUUAUUAUUGUGUUUAGUGUCCUGAUUUUUGGUGUUGCAUCUAUCAGCUGUAGAAUUUGUUUCUUUCUCGACACAACAGCCAUGAGCAGGCACAAAUCUCUUUUCUGGUAGUUUGUGUCACAUGUACCUGAUGUGCACACACCGUAUUGUCACAUUCAUGAACUCUAUGUAAAAAAACACAAAAUAAAACUGCUGCAUUAGCCUAUACCAAACACACAGAGUGGAAGUGGCAUUUACAGAAGAAGAAAAAUGUUCAUGGUUCAUUAGGAUGAAAAUUGUGGGUGUCAUUCCAUGUGUUUUUCCUAGAGGGUGCUCUUUCCCUUCUCUGAUCAGGAAAUACAGUCCCCACUUUCCCCCCUUGUUCUCCACCUUGCCUCUUUUCUCAUAGCGCUCGCCUCAUACUUUAGAAGGAAAGGAAUCUGGGAUAAUUUUUCUCCCCUCUGCUGUACUCAGAUGCUUGCAACGAGUUCUUUCCUUCAAGACACGCACGCACACACACACGCACACACAAAUACAUGCACACACACACACACACAUGGACACCGAUGCGCAUAAACAUACACACACAGAAUGGUCUCUUUGGCUCCCCAGGUACGCUGUGGCUUGAAUGCCUUUAGGCAGAACACACUGUAGACCCAAUCUCUCACACACACACACACACACACACACACACACACACACACACACACAUUUUCAUAUGCUGAAUCUUGAAUGCUGAUCAAAAUGUUCUCAUAAUCACUGAAAGCUCUGUACCAUCAGAAUCCAAACGGAUUAGUUGCCUUUCUUUCUUCUUCGCUUUCUUUCUUUAGCAGUUCUUGUCAGUUUUUUUGUGUAUUUUUGUGGAUCUUGUUGGCACAAGCAAACAUGUUUCCACCAAAUGUUGUGGGCUCAACCGUCACUGAAAGGGCUGAGAGAAGGGGAAGGAAGAAGUGAGUGAGGGAAGGUUAUGGAGGAGGUUUGGGGUCUGGGAUGUGGGUAGCAUUUGAAGAAGAGGAAUGUAGCAGACAGUGGGUAAACAUCGCUGGUAGCUUGAAAACACACACAUGCAGACGCAUUAACACACACAAUUCCACACAGCUCCCGAGGGUCUUUGGGAAUUUAAGACAACCAGUCUCCGCUCUGUAGCUCCUGAUCAAACAGGGUUACAUAUCUCACCACCUGUCUCCAUGGCAUUCCUGUGUUGUACCGUGUUGGUGCUGCUGUGUUUUUUUGACUCUGCCUCAGCCACUUUUAUAGCUGACAUGGACUACGGAGGUGUUCCUCUGUGGAUUAAUCGCCUGCUGGGUGAGCCCAGUGUGCUGAGCCUACAGGGGCGGAUGGACUCAGCGUGGUUCCGAGCCAACAACCACCAAGCCUGCCCUCAACAGUGUGACUGCCCCAUCCAGUGGCCCACGGCACUCUACUGUGACCACAGAGGCCUGGCAGACAUCCCUGACCGCCUGCCGGACAGAACUCAAUACCUGUUUCUCCAGUGCAACAACAUCUCGUACUUAUCCUUCUCUUUUCUGGCCAACAUUACUGGUCUACGCUGGCUCAUCCUGGACCACAACCAGCUGCAGACCGACACACUGGACCAGGCCGCCCUGCAGAACCAGACCCAGCUGUGCUAUUUUUUUGCCAACCACAACCGCCUCAGUUCAGUCCCCAGCGCUCUACCAGUUGGACUCAAGCAGCUGCGACUAGCCUACAACCAAAUCAGCAGCAUCAGCCGUGGAGCUUUCAGGAACAUGCACAACCUGACGCUGCUGCUGCUGCAGGGAAACAGACUGCAAACCAUCAAAGAAGGAGACCUCAAAGGUGGAGUAAUGUGUCAUUUCCUUUCUUUAUAAAUGCAGAAUCUAUUUGGGGAAGGAAAGUGACAGCACAGCUUUGUGCUUUGUUCACAUUAUGCAAAACACUAAUCAGACAUUUA